GAUGCAAUUCAACAAAUUUUGGAGAGUAGAUGGAACAAGAGUAACACUCCUUUGCAUUGUAUGGCUCACUCAUUAGUCCUAAAAUACUAUUCUGAUGCUUGGUUGCAAAGUGGUAAAGGAGUUCCUCGGGUAUCACCACAUGAGGAUCGAGAGGUCUCAUUAAUGGGAGCUCAAUGCUUUAAUCGGUUAUUUCCUGAUACUAAAGAUUUGCGCCAAGUUUACUUGGAAUUUGGAGCCUAUUCUAGUGGGUCUGGGUAUUUUGAACAAGCUCAUGUAAUUGAUGCAAGAAGAUAUGAGGAACCCAUUUCAUGGUGGGCCAAUCAUGGGGCUUCAACACCACUCCUACAAGCCUUGGCAUUUAAGCUACUUUCGCAGCCAGCUUCUUCCUCUUGUUGCGAGAGGAAUUGGAGUACGUAUUCCUUGAUUCAAAACAUCAAAAGAAACCGACUACUAACAACCAGAGCUAAAGAUCUAGUGUUUGUUCAUUAUAAUUUGCGCUUAUUGUCAAAGAAAACCAAGGGGUACAUGGACGGACCUUCAAAGUUUUGGGACAUAAGUGGCGACCAAUUUGACAUUGAAGGAGGUGAUGUAACGCAGCUUGCGGAGCUUUCUCUUUGACGAACCAGCGUUGGAAGGAGUGAGAUUUGACGAGGAUGAUGAUGUUGAGGUCCUUGAUGGUGGGGGGGG